UAUUUGGAGUGAUGCUGAGGGCAAUAAUACUGAUCAAAUAAUAUUGAUCAGAAGUUGUUACCAAUCACAGUAUAUAAUACUAAAAUCGAACAACUCCCCUCGUCAUCCAACCCUCUCUCCUCUCUGAGAUCAGAUCUCCGCAGAAAUCCAACACGAUAAACAAUGUCGUCGACCUUCAGCGGCGAUGAAACGGCGCCCUUCUUCGGCUUCCUCGGCGCCGCUGCUGCCCUAGUUUUCUCCUGCAUGGGAGCGGCGUACGGAACGGCGAAGAGCGGAGUCGGUGUGGCGUCAAUGGGCGUUAUGCGGCCGGAGCUGGUGAUGAAGUCUAUUGUGCCGGUGGUCAUGGCUGGUGUGUUGGGUAUUUACGGUUUGAUUAUUGCCGUGAUCAUCAGCACCGGUAUUAACCCUAAGGCCAAGUCUUACUACUUGUUUGACGGCUACGCUCACCUUUCUUCUGGACUCGCCUGCGGCCUCGCCGGUCUCGCUGCUGGUAUGGCCAUCGGGAUCGUCGGAGAUGCUGGUGUGAGAGCCAAUGCACAACAACCAAAGCUCUUCGUAGGGAUGAUUCUUAUUCUUAUUUUUGCUGAAGCCCUGGCUCUAUAUGGUCUCAUUGUGGGAAUCAUCCUUUCUUCUCGUGCUGGUCAAUCUAGAGCCGACUAGAAGAGUACAUUUUAUUCAAAGCUCGUUGCAGCUUUUGGUCUCAAGUACGAAUCAUAAUUAAGUUAUCCUGGCUAGCAUGGUAGUUUGUUCAUGGCAUUGUUUUUAGGUUCGAGUGGCAAUUUCAUGGCCAGGAUAAUUCAGCAGUUGAUGAGGAAUGGCGUUUAUUGUAGAUUAUAUAAGUUUGGUUUUCUAUGAAUAAAGCUUAUGUUGUUUCA